GAAAUGAAAAAAAAAACAAUCAUGAUGGAGUCACAGUUAAAAGAAGAAAUGACAAGACAUGAUAUACAAUCUCACGAGGAAGAGCAAGAAAAAAGACAAGGUGGCUUGAUAACUACCCAGGGUCAUCAAAGUGACAUAAGAACAAAGAGCUCUUUCCUGAAAGAGAAACCUAAGACUUCCAUUAAUGGAGACCCAUUUGUGCCGUGCACAACAACUAUUUCAAGUAAGCAAACUUCUAAGGUGAUCUUGCCACCAAGUCCUAAAUCUUCAAAAGCUUCACCCUGCAAGCAUACAGAUGCUGAUAUUCAAAUUUCUGAUAAGUCUCAUGCCACUGUUAGUGGUAAUGCUGUACCCAAUCCACAGCCAACUACUCUUUACAAGGACAUUAGUGGCAAGGAAAUCAAUGAGACAAAUGUAAUUCAAGAUGAAUCCAAGGAAAAUAUGGCGUCCCAUGGUGGUCAACCAAAUUCAAUUGAGCAUGUAACUGCUGAUCCAAGCAACCUUAGGCAGAUGGAACAAGAGCCGUCAUGUUCUAGAGGCCAAAUGGAGCAUCCUGAUGUGACAAAAUCAUCAGAUAUUAAUACUAAGCAUGCACAAUCUUCGUUGCUUCCAUUUUCCACUCCGUCAAAGUUGGCCCCUUCUGUUAUUGAGACUGAUCGGGCUUUGAAUGUUGGUGGGGUGCAAGAGAUAGUUGAGAUGAUGAAAUUAGAGGGUUCUGAGGCUUCUUUAUUGGCAGAGGCACUCAUGACUCAUCCACAACUACGUCUGCCUCCAAAUGAUAGAAGCACCCAAAUGCUAUGCAUAUCCUAUAGGGUUUUGAUUGACAUACUCAACAUUCUAACCACCAGAACACCCUUCACAAUCACUGAGGCAGACAAGAGGUUACUGGAAGAGAAACUAAAGGAUGCUUGUCUUCUUGGCUUUGACAAGGACUGGGUUUAAUCUAUUAGGACUAAGGUUUUUAAUUGUGAUGUGUCUAAAGUUAAUGAAAUCCAAGAAACUCUAAAAGGUUUGGACAGUGAUCUCAAGACCAAUGAGGCAUUGCUUGCGGCUACUCGCAAUCAAGGGGUUGAGGAAGCACAAUUAGUUCAAAAAGACUUGGAUGCUGCAUUGCAAGAGCAUGCAAAUGUAAUGGCAAAUCAUACUCAGCUUUUGAAGGCCCGCCAAGAGAUUCUAGCAAGGCAAAACCAAUGCUGGGAAAUGAUUGCUGCUAAAAAUAAACAUUUUGGAUUUUAGCUUGGAUUUUAUUUUCAUGCUUCAUGUUUUUUUCGGUGAUUAAAAAUAAACCGAUGUGCAUUUGAUGUACUUGUUAUGACAAGAAUACCUUCCAUCUCGAAACAAUGUUUAUAAAAAAUAUUGAAAUUUUAAAGUCGGAGUGGGUGGAACCGCAUGGCAGUUCAUAA